AUGCAGAUCCUAGGAGAGUACAUGCCACGACAUACACGCGCAUGCAACGUCGUCAUCUUUUGCCCUACGGAUCCCAAACUGCUGGCGGUCGGAUUCGAAAAGGUCCGAAACGAUGCCGGACUGGUCGUAUGGGAUACGGAAACGUCGGCACGGACAGGCGUAUCCACGUUUGCCGACAAAUCUGCCGCGGGGAGUGCCCCAGCAUCGCAAAACCGGCCCGUUCCCGUCGCGCAGUUUGGCUCCUCCGAGGGCAUCUCGUCCGCAGGAUGGCUCUAUCAAUCCUCGCCCCUCUUGGUAGCAGGAAUGGGCCUCAAAUGGAUCCGAUCAUACGAUAUGCGAGUCACCCAAAGCACCGCCAGCAUGGUCAUUCCCACAAAAGCCGUCCUCGGUAUCGUCGCGGACCCGUUCAACGGCAACCGCCUUGCUUCCUUUGCGGAAGACGCAAUCGUUCGCGUGUGGGACAUCCGAAAAGCAUCGGAACCCGCGCUCACCAUCAACUCUGAGUUUCGAUACGGGAUCAGUCACGUCGCGUGGUCCCCGCAACGGGCGGGGUGCUUGGCUGCUGCUGGGAAGGAAAGCACGACGUUGAGAGUAUGGGAUACACAAGAGGGAGGGGCGGGAGGGGGAAAAGACGACAGUUUCCCAACCUUUGCAUGGAUUCCAAUGUCCCUCUCCGACGAUUUCUCACAUCACCUGAUCACCGCCUGUCUCGACAAGGACCGCAUCCUCAGCAUCGUCCGUCUCCCACCCACGUAUCGAAUGUCUUUCUGCCCGCUAGGCUCCCUCGCAAUCACGGCCGGCCCGUGCGUCACUGUUCUCGCGCCCACCAUGUCAGCCACCAAAGGCAGACUACAACUCCCCAACACCGCAACUCUCACCACCGCGGACGCGGACCCCAUCCGACCGACCGUGCACGUCGCGCCUCUAACCAACAACGACGUCAAGGCCUCAAAGUCGACCCAACCACUGUCCCGCCUCGGUAUCGCCCGCCGCAACGACCUCCCCAGAGACGACAUCGCGGUCAUCAUGCGCACGCGCGCCGUACAAGGCUACGCAUUCGACGCCCUCGCCAAUGCCAAGCUCUUCGAACGGUGUGCCGACACGGACCUCGAGGACGUCUGGACGUGGAUCCACCAGUUGGCGAAACAUAUAGCUCUCGGCAGGUUCCGCAUCGGACACGUCGAGUAUGCCGGGCAGGGCGUGCAGACCGUUGUGCAGGACAUGCUUUUGUCCACCUCGAGUCGGAAAGUCGUUCAUCAUGACGACGGCACCCGCCCCUCCCCGACCGGCAGCGGCAGCAGUUCCGUGCGGGGGCCGGAACCCAUCUUCCCCUUGAAAACGUACACGAGCCCUUACCGCGACCUCGCCCUGCUGAUGUGUGGUUGGAGUUUUCACUUCCCGCCAGCAGAUCGGGAUGAACGCGAGGACGAGGCGGGGAAGUUGCAGGCGGGUGGGGAGCAUGAGAAGGCCGCGGGGUGGGCUUUAUUUCAUGGGUCGAGUUUGGGCCUUGCGUUGGAGGUUCUGAAGUCUGCGAAAGACGAACGCCUGAAACUGGUAGCAACAGCAAUCGCCGGAUAUUCCGCCUCGCGCUCCAACGGCGCUGGCACAUCCUCCUCAUCGUCAACAUGGGAAGACCUCUGCAGAUCGCUCAGCUCAGACCUCAAAGAUCCCUACCUGCGCGCCAUCUUCGCCCUCAUCGCCUCCAACGGCAACUGGCGCAUCGUGCUCCAAGAACGAGGGCUGUCGCUAAGGGACCGGGUAGGCAUCGCACUACGCUUCUUGAGCGACGAGGAGCUCGUCGAAACCAUCAACGACAUGACGGCGGAAAUGACCUCCGCUGGCGACGUCAAGGGGUUGCUGCUGACGGGCUUGGUUACGCCUACGGGGAUGACGUUGCUGGAGACGUAUAUCAACCAUUGUGGGGAUGUGCAGACUGCGGCGUUGUUGCUUUUGCAUACACCGGGGACAACAACAGCGGCCUCGGCUUCGGCGGCUGCAUCGUCGCGCGUUCUGGACCUGCGCGUGGAUGAGUGGUCGGAGUAUUACCGCGCGUUGCUGGACCGGUGGCAGUUGUAUCACACCCGAGCACGAUUCGAUAUCGCCCGGCACAGAAACCGGAAUCGACAGAGGGUGGGCGGCGGGGCUGCUACUGCAUCGGAAGCAGCAGCACCGCCGCCACACGCGGACUUGACGCCGCAGAUAUACGUUCGAUGCACCUUCUGCAACGCCCCGCUUGCUAAGGCGGCUGCUGGGGACGGGGGUGCGGUAACGGCUGCCACGGCCGCGGGGGGACAGAUGGCGAGUCAUGGGAUGACAGCCUGCCCCACCUGCCGCAAACCGCUCCCCCGAUGCGCCCUCUGCCUUCUCCACCUUGGCACGCCCGCCGACACACUGCGCUAUUUCGGCCGUCGCGGCGGCAAAGCGAACGAACCGGACACCGAUCUGACCGCGGAGAACAAGGACCUGGGCUUUGAGCUGUGGUUCACGUGGUGCCAGACCUGUCGCCAUGGCGGGCACGCGUUGCAUAUGCUGCAGUGGUUUGAGGGGCAUGCCGUUUGUCCCGUGUCGAAUUGCGCCUGUCGGUGUCGGGAGCUGUGA